AUGGUGGACAUCGUCCCGCUCUGCUCAUACCCAUCCUACAUCUCGCUGCUGCCCGCAGUGCAGACCUGCAACAUCACAAACCUCCCCGAGAAUUACUUUCUUAAGUACUAUCUCUACCAUGCACUCUCAUGGCCGCAGCUGAGCUUCGUUGCCGUUGUCCGGGACUGCUCCAGCAAGUCAAAGGACCCAUUCGCGCCUGCCGCAAACCCAAAAGUCGUUGGAUAUGUGCUCGCGAAGAUGGAAGAAGAGCCCUCGGACGGGCUGCCACACGGCCAUAUCACAAGCUUAAGCGUCAUGAGAACACACAGACGGCUGGGAAUCGCCGAGCGCCUGAUGCGGAUGAGCCAACGAGCAAUGGCAGAGUCUCAUAAAGCGCACUACGUUUCCCUCCACGUCCGUGUCUCGAACACCGCUGCUCUCCGCCUCUACCGUGACACCCUCGGAUUCGAGGUCGAAAAGAUCGAGCCUAAAUAUUACGCUGACGGAGAGAAUGCGUACGCCAUGAAGAUGGACCUGACUAACCUAUGGUUAAAGGACGAUGAAGGGUACAGCGUCGGCCUAGACGGCAAGUCAUUCAAGAAUACAGAUGAGGAUGCUGACGAGGGCGACGAAGUUGGUGACAUGGGCAAGGCUGGUGACGAAGCUAGCAAGGAAGAGAAGAAAAUUAGAGUCAAGGUCGGCCGAAGCUUAGGCGUGGGAGAUCUUGUGGAGCGGAAUGAAAGUCGAGCGCAGGCUUAA